UCCGGUUUACCCGGAUAUAUGAGCAUAAUUCCCAAAGAUGGCGGAGCAAGGUCCGAUGGCUAUAGCGAUGCGGCUACGAAACCAGCUUCAGUCCGUUUACAAACUGGACCCGCUGCGGAACGAGAUGUGACUGAUGGGACAGGUUUACCGUUCACAAGUUUCGACCACUCUAAAGCUCACUUCUACAGAUACGACGAGCAGGUUUCACUCUGUUUAGAAAGACUCAGUUCGUCACUUGCAGGGAAAGAUAAAACAAAACUCACUCUGCAGCAGAAGUUUGUACGUUGUUCUGUGCGGGCGGAGGUGAGACACCUACGGAAAGUGCUUUGUCACAGACUAAACGUGGAAAAACACCAGGUGCAGAUGCUGUUUAAUAACGAGUCUCUGCCUGAUCACAUGACCAUGAAGCGGUUAUGGCUCUCACACUGGUUUGGAAAGGCUCAGCCGUUAGUUCUUCACUACACCAUCAAAGACAAAAGGAGCAGAUAGGACCAGGCUUCAGAUUCAACACAGCUGUACAUUUUGUUUUUGUACUAUACAUAUUCUAUUUUAAUAGUGUUUGUGUACAUAAACUUAUUUUCCUUGUUUUGUAUUUUUGAAAAUAAAUCUGAAGUUAAAAAAAAAA